ACAAAAUAGAUGGUGUGACCUCUGUUUAAUCGUGUCGGUACGGUUAGUGUUUUGGUGCUUUCACAGCUAAGGAAAAAGAAAAAAUCGAAGAUGGGAAACUUCAAGCUAAACGGAUUAACCAUCUCCGGAAUGAAGCAAAGCCCGGCCCUUAUCCCACUUUUCGUCAUUGUUGGAGCUGGCACCUUCGGUUGCAUGUUAUACUGUAUCCGCCUUGCCAUCAUGAACCCGGACGUGUCGUGGAAUAAGAAGAAGAACCCGGAGCCAUGGCAGGAAUACGAGAACAAACAAUAUAAGUUCUGGUCUUCGAGAGAUUACAGCACUCUGGCACCUAACGAGCGGCCGAAAUUUUAAACGGCUUUAUUGUAAUUUUAUUGUUAGUAAGAAAAAAAAACGUAAUUGAAUCCUGUCUUACCAAAGAAAGGAAUUAUAAAAAACGAUUCGUUUAUAAUCACCAAUAAACACCGAAAAUAAUACGGCUAAAAUUUUUUGCUAUUUCAGUUUUGGCUUAACGUAGAUACGCAGUUUUUUUUUGAACAUACCGUUACUAGCCCAUGGUUGACUGUUAUAUGAAAAUAAUGUUGUAACAGUAGCAUCUAAGUACCCAAGCAAGAACUGUCAUAGUGUUCAUAUAUUUAAAGCAAUACACUGGUACCCUCUUAAUCGUGAAUAAUUCAAGAGUU